AAAAUAUCAAGCUUUGACCUCCACCGAAAUGUAUGAUUAAGGCUCAACAGAAUCAGAACACAACAUUCUAGAUGUGCUGACUUCCUUUAUAAAUGGGGUAACAUGACAUCUCCAGUGCGUGAUUGUGGACCAUACAAAACACUACAACAGGGUGUAUCAGCACAUGCUUCUUCCACCUCUAAUCUGGCUUUAAACCUCUGCAAUGUUUCGUAUAUGGUGGAAUAUUCGAGGAUCAGUCCAUGAUGGGCUGUUGAAACUGGAG